GCGAGGUGGAAACCACAAAGAGUCAGGCCGAGAGCGUGUACUCUAGGCACACAAUGCAAGACCUGAAGUGGAGAUUUAGCAAGAGUGUCCGCCACUUGCAGAGUCAGCAAAUUUUAAAGUGGGCGGGUGUUGUUUACAUGUUACCAGAGUGGUACGUAGUAAAGACUCAGCAAGUGAGUUCGUCCCACAGAUAGAGACGUUUUCGGUUGUGAUCAUGGCAGGAGCGCUGAUAAGUGAUGCUCCUGAGCUGAAAAGCUUCACUGCUGAUCAAAUUAGUGAGUUUCAAGUGUUGUGGAAUUGUCUGGAGGGCCCACUGUCCAAGACUCCAGAGUUCAUUGUGCCUUUGUUGAAGAUUCUGGAGAGGCGCCAUGAAAUAUCAAGAAAUGAAGAUUUGACAACAAGAGCUGCGGAAACCAGUGAUCCUCGCAAGGCCUUUGCUACCCCUUCCGAUACCCACGGAACAAACACGGAUGAAGUUAAUGAGUGGCACAGCAGUGAGAAAGACGAUUCCUCAGCAAGGUUGUCAGCCUGCCAUGCAAACACAGAAACAGAUGAAGAGACAAAUGAAAGAGCCCAAAUUAGCAGCAGCACGAUCGGGAAGGCCGGGACUGUAGACAGUCUGGCACCAUUUCAUUCCAUCUAUUCUCCACCUCUACAUGAUACCCGUUCCUCCAGCCCACUCAUGGGUGGAAUCAAUACUCUAGCCAGUGCCGUUUCAAACACUGAUUGUCCCUCAACGAGCUUGUCCAGGCACCAAGUGCAAGAAGAUGUCAAUGAGGAUACUAUUCAAAGUCGACAAACACUCGGCACCUUUCCUGAUAUCAGUCUGCUACCGAAAGAUCAGAGCGUGAUGUCACCAUCAGAAUAUGCAACGGACAGCGAACCGCAAUCAGACAGUGGGCCACAAGCUUUACCAUACGAAUCGUCCCUGUCAGUCUCCCGUGUUGAAGAUGAUGAGCUCAAUUAUUCUGAUACAUCCAUAGACACUGUGCUCACAACGGAUUCGUUUCCCAGAGACACGAGAACUGACGACGACGAAGAAGUGUUGCUCAUAGACAGUGGACCACAAGCCUUACCGUACUGCACAGGAUAUCAAGUGACAGUACCAACAAUGAAUGAUGCUCUCAAAAUCUCAUCGCAUGUUGAUAUGAAAUUUGGAGAACUGGUGUAUGUUGCCGAUGAUGAAGAGAGUUACAGACACGAUUUAGCACAAACGACAGAAGUGUUGGACAGUUUAUGUAGCAAUCCCGGCGAUCGUGAUGACAUCAUAGAAAACACAAGUGGACCAGCUGCUCUCAGCUACUCGUGCAAUGAACACAACGAUAUUGAACAGGAUGAUAAUCAGAAUAAAGACGAGCAGAUCAGACGAGAUUUUCAUGAAGAAGAUACAAGCGAGAUAACAGAUAUCUAGACAAUCCAACGAUGAUGACAAUGAUAACAAAACAACAAAAACAACAACAUCAAUAAUAAUAAUAAUAAUAAUAAUAAUAAUAAUAAUCAUGGACAGGAAAUAUGUCAUUACAUUAGUAGAGAGAAAAUAGCAAAUCAUGUCAGUCCAAUAUUCUUCGGCCGUCCAUUUUCUUUGAAAGAAUAAUUUUGAUACAGUAAUGCAAACCAGACUGAUCAUAAAAGUUGAUAUCCAAGCGCUUAUAAUUACAAAUGUAGUGAUAUAGACGUAUAGAACUAACUGUUAAGUAACUUAUGUUAAUUAACUUCUAGACAAUAUGGUGUUGCAAACAUCCAGAGGUGGUGUGUACAGUAUAUAUGUCUCACAUGCAUACUACUACUUGUACAGUAAGAUACUUUGUGCCUGCAGACUUUACA